AUGGUGGAGAUGCGGGCUAUAUGCACUAACAUCAACACUUGGAAGCCCUUGGUUGACAACCGCGUCAGCGAGCUGGAGAGCACGGUGAUGGAUCUCGACGAGCGCAUGGAGCAGGCACUCGGAACUCAACUUCCGCAAGCUCGGCCGGUAGAGCUCUCUGCGGCGGCGCAGGCGGGCACUGUCACCAUCGCCCAACCUCCUCCGACCAUGACUCCGGGGGACCCCUCUGCCUCCACGAGCAUGAAGGUGCCGGGCUCCGCCCAUCUGGAGCCUACCCUGCCGAGGGUGGCAUCUGGUUCUAUUGACCAUGGCGAGGGUCAUACUCACCUGUGUGCUGGCUUAGGCGUGGUGUAUACCACUGCCCCGGACCCUGCCCUGGUCACAGUCACAGAGUAUAUUGAAGCCUUCAGCGAUACUGUCCACCAAUUACUUGUUCAUAACCCCCAUUUAGAUCCUUCCUUUAUUACAAAUCGUUUCAUCGAUGGUUUACGUGAUGAUACUAAGGCUGUAGUUUUGGUACAGCGCCCCCAUGACAUCGAUACUGCUAGUUCCAUUGCGCUUUUGCUGGAGGAGGUCCUGACCGGGACGAGCAAGCGUGAAUUUCUCUGUAUGAACAGUUCUUAUGGCAAGAAGGUGUCGAUUGAUGGUAGCAAGUCUUCUAUGCAGCCGUCUCCACCUUAUACUAAGAGUACAUCCUCUAAUCGAGCUGACACUCGUCCACCAGAAGGGUCUGCUUCCAAGACACCUGCCGAAGCUAUGGUGGACCUCAAGUCGUAUCGCCGAGCUAAAGGUCUUUGUUUCAAAUGCGGCGAGAAGUGGGGUCCUUGUCACAAAUGCCCCAAGGCUAUAUCCCUCAAUGCUGUGGAAAAAAUAUGGAAAUUGUUCGAUGAUGUUUCUGACUACUCUCCUGAUUGUCCAGCUGUAGACAGUGAUUCUGGCGAUGAUUUGAUGCAUAUCUCUGUACAAGCUAUCAGGGGCACAAGAACUAUCAGGGGUUUAGAUUCCAAAAAUUUCAGAUACCGUCACAUGCCAAGAUGCGGCAUAUGCAGAACUAUCAGGUUGAAAUAG